GAAGUAGCUGCCUUAAUAGAGGGAGACUUUGAUGUGAACAAAAAAGAGAGGGAUGUUGUUCUUCAAACGAAGUCUGGUUCUUUACAGUACAUCUCUGAAUUAAAUCCAGCUUAUCUAGGGUUGCAGUAUCCACUUCUCUUUCCUUAUGGCCAGGACGGUUUUAGAGAAAAUGUGUUGUUGACCCGUGCAACCGAAGGGAUCACUGAAGGGAACACUGAAGAGAACACUGAAGGAAACACUGAAGGAAACACUGAAGGGAACACUGAAGGGAACACUGGAGGGAGAAAGUAUGUUACUAUGAGAGAGUACUUUUCAUAUAGAUUUCAGGAUCGCAUGGUUGAGACCCCAUAUAUAUUGCGAACAAAGAGAUUGUUCCAACAACUUGUGGUUGACGGUUAUACGAUGAUUGAGUCAUGCCGCUUGCAGUAUAUUAGAAAACAUCAAAAGGAGCUACGGAGUGAUCUGUAUAGUGGAUUGGCAGAUGCUGUUGGACGAGGGGAGACAAAUGCAUCAAGGACAGGUCAACUCAUUGUUCUUCCGAAUUCAUUUACUGGGAGUGCACGUUACAUGCUGCAGAAUUAUCAAGAUGCUAUGGCUAUAUGCAGAUGGGCUGGAUAUCCACAACUGUUUAUUACAUUCACAUGUAACCCAAAAUGGCCUGAAAUUCUCCGUUUUGUGGAACCAAGAGGACUGAGUCCUGAUGAUAGACCUGAUAUACUUUCUAGGAUAUUCAAAAUGAAACUCGAUCUACUCAUCAAGGAUUUGAAACAAAAUAAGAUGUUUGGCAACGUGCGGGCAGUUGUGUACACCGUAGAGUUUCAAAAACGUGGAUUGCCUCAUGCUCAUAUCGUUCUAUGGAUUUCACAAAGGCAGAGGAAUGUAUUUUCCGCAGAUAUAGACAGAAUAAUAUCUGCAGAGAUACCUGAUGAAAACUCUGAUCCCGCUUACUAUAAUGCAGUCAAAGAAUUGAUGAUUCAUGGGCCAUGUGGGCAGAUGAACAUGUCUUCACCGUGUAUGGAUAAAGGGCAUUGCACGAAGCAUUUUCCUAAAAAAUUCUCCCAACGGACAACCAUUGAUAAGAGUGGUUACCCAAAAUACAGGAGGAGAAACAAUGGAAGGUCUGUUGAGAAAAAUGGUCAUCCUAUGGACAAUAGAUAUGUGAUCCCACAUAAUCGUACUUUGCUUCUCAAGUAUGGAGCACACAUCAAUGUGGAGUGGUGUAAUCAAUCACGGUCAGUCAAGUAUCUUUUCAAGUAUAUAAAUAAAGGCGAUGAUCGGAUAACUGUUGCAUUUUCAGAAGCUACUGACAGCACCAAACCACAAAAGAUCGAUGAGAUCAAGAUGUACUAUGACUGUCGAUACAUCUCCGCUUGUGAGGCUGCAUGGAGAAUUUUUUCAUACCAUAUCCAUUACAGGGAUGUUCCCGUUGAGCGGUUAAGCUUUCAUUUACCAGGAGAGCAAAAUGUAUACUACAAACCUGAUGCAUCCAUUGAGUCAGUACUAAGUAACACCACUCUUCACUCUACGAAGUUUAUAGCUUGGAUGAGAGCAAACCAACUUUAUCAGGAGGCCAGGGAGUUGACAUACGUUGACUUUCCAUCUAAGUUCACGUGGAACAAAAAGAAAAGGGAGUGGUCACCGCGGAAAAAGGGGUUUGCGGUUGGGCGUGUGUUCUUUGUGCGUCCCGGAGCAGGUGAGAAGUACUAUUUGCGAGUUCUGCUGAAUGUAGUAAAAGGGCCAAGAAGUUUUGAAGAGUUGCGAACCGUGGAUGGAAAGAUAUAUGACACAUUUAGGGAUGCCUGUUAUGCUCGCGGGUUACAGGGAGAUGACAAGGAGUACAUAGAUGGCAUUACAGAGUCAAGUCAUUCAGCAAUGGCUCGAUGGCUACGCCAUUUGUUUGUUACUCUUUUACUGCAGGGAUCGAUGACUAAGCCUGAAUCGGUGUGGGAAAAGUGUUGGGAGUAUUUGUCGGAAGACAUAUUAUACAAUGUGAGGAAGAACCUUCAUGAUCAAGAGUUGGAACUAGACAAAGGAGAAAUUCAGAAGUACUGUUUAGUGGAGAUUGAGAAGCUUCUCCAGCAAAGAGGAAAAUCACUGCGUGACUAUGUCGGAAUGCCAGUGCCCCCCGAUUCUUAUAUCCCCUCCAUGGAGGACAUUCUCAUUCAUGAAGAAUUGAAGUACGAUAAGUGUGUGAUGGCUGAAGAACAUCAAAAGUUGUUGAAGGAUAUGACAGAUGAACAACG